AUGAACCAACAGCAGCAGAACUACAUGGACGCGCACCAUUCUAUGUCAACUGGUCAGCAAUAUGCACCUCAUGCAAGUACUGCAGCGGUGGGAAAUGCGUCCGCACAGCAAUUUGUUGGCUCACCAGCUGGUGCGCCUUCUACAGGCUAUCAGCACCAACAGCAGCAUGAUCCGACCGGCCAAGUGGCUCCAGCGGGGAUGAAGCCUCGCGUAACAGCGACAUUGUGGGAAGAUGAAGGCUGCAUGUGCUUUCAAGUUGAGACCAAAGGGGUAUGCGUGGCUAGACGAGAUGAUAAUCAUAUGAUCAAUGGUACGAAGCUUCUGAACGUCGCUGGCAUGACUAGAGGCCGCCGCGAUGGAAUAUUGAAGAGUGAGAAGACGCGUCAUGUCGUCAAGAUUGGGCCCAUGCACCUCAAAGGCGUCUGGAUACCCUUUGAUCGUGCACUAGAUUUCGCGAAUAAAGAAAAGAUCACCGAGCAAUUGUACCCUCUGUUUGUGCACAACAUUGGGGCCUUGCUCUAUCAUCCUACAAAUCAGAAUCGGACGUCUGCCGUAAUGGCUGCUACACAACAACAAGACCGUCGUAGAAGCGACAAGAUGCAGGGUGGGAUACCCUCUACAACGCAGCCGCCAUCGUUAACUCACCAUCAUUCGAUGAAUAGCUCAAGCGGGAAUCCACAGCCCACCUCAAUAGCGCCAAACCCUUCGUCAGGAGGCCGACCGACCAUUGAGAGGGCGCACACAUUCCCAACCCCUCCAACCAGCGCUUCCGGCACAAUGACGAGCAUGGGAUCUCAACAAGGCUCGUAUGAUUGGACAAAUAGCAGUAUAAGCGGGAGUGGACAAAGCAUUGCCAUCGAAAAUCAUCCUCAGUCUACUCCUGCCACACCCGCUACAACACCCCCAGGCUCGACUUUACCAAGCUUACAGCCAUAUCAAAGCCAACAACAUAUGUAUGGUGGCCACGCGGGCUCGCACGGCCAGUUUCCGUCUCAACAGCAGAGCCUCGCUCGAACCGGAUCUCUUCAGUCCAACAUGUACACAAAACAAGAAAUGGGGCCUCCUUCAACACGCGUCUCGGGCUCUAGGCCCGAAAGUGAGCCUGGUGAUAUGAAGCUUGAUCACUACGGACAAGGCCAGGCGAAUGAUACCACGCAAGACGCAGAAGCAGAGCAUGAGCAGGACUCUGACUACCCACAAAGCAAUGCUCCAGCAUACACUUCCCAUCGUAACUCUUUUGAUACCUCUUAUCACACAGCGGCAAAUCUAGCGUCGUAUAAUGACAAUGCUCAGAUUGCGUCUGAUGUGAAUGGCACAUCAACCAUCAACGGUGGUUCGGGUCGGGCCACCCCACGAACAUCACAGUCCCAGUGGACAGCAGGCUAUCACACACCACCUCGAGCAGCUCCAUCUAGCAGCUUAUACAAUCCAACUAGCGACGCCAGAGGCACCUUGGCUAAUGGCAACACUAACGCAGAUGGCUUUGUCCCAGGCCCAUAUGCUCCGACUCAGAUGAAUGGCGUCAAGCGAAUCCGGGAAGACGAUGACAUGGAUUCUACGAAGCGGCGUAAAACGACUGACGGAUUGACCAAUAACUCCAUGAUUAACGGCUCUUUUGAAGGUGAAACGCGUGCUAUCAAUCGAGCACGACCUGCCACCAAGACUGCGCGUGCGAGAUAA